AUGAGUCGUCCAGAGCAUCAGGCGCCGCCGGAGAUCUAUUAUGGCGACAAUGAAGCUCGGAAGUAUACAGCCAAUACACGUAACCAGGAGAUCCAGGCUGAAAUGACCAUGCGUGCGAUUGAGCUGUUGGCCCUGCCGCCGCACCGCCAACCUGCUUUGAUUCUCGACAUUGGCUGUGGCUCUGGCUUGUCUGGUGAAAUUCUUACAGAGAUGGGACAUGAGUGGAUUGGCUUUGACAUCAGUCCCAGCAUGCUUAGUGUCGGCUUGGAGCGGGAUGUCGAAGGCGAUAUGAUCUUGGCCGAUGCCGGUCAUGGAUGCAUGUUCCGUGCAGGCAGCUUCGAUGGUGCGAUUAGUAUAUCUGUGCUACAGUGGCUUUGCAAUGCCGAUACCAGUUACAAUUCCCCCGCAGGCCGAUUGAGCACAUUCUUCUCGACACUGUAUGCGUCCCUCACGCGCGGUGCUCGUUGUGUCUUCCAGUUCUAUCCAGAAAGCGACGACCAAGUCACUUUUAUCAUGUCACAGGCGACCAAGGCUGGGUUCGGUGGUGGUCUUGUGGUGGACUACCCGAACUCUGUCAAAGCCAAGAAGAUUUAUUUGGUUCUAUGGGUCGGUGGUGAAAUGCUUGUGGGGCCCAAUGGCGAGGGCCAAGGCGUGAAGCAAAAACUCCCUGAAGCUCUGGACUUUGACGAGCAGGGCCCUACUGCACGCCAUGAGACACGCAAAGUGGCGGAUCAGCGUCGUGAGCGUCACCGCAAGAACAAGAAAGUCGAGUCGUCCAAGGAAUAUAUACAGCGGAAGAAGGAACUCAACCGCCUACGUGGCAAGACGAAUGUGCCGCAUGACUCCAAGUACUCUGGCCGCCGGCGUAAGCGAAAGUAA